AAUUAGAAACUGAAACGCUCCCAAUUCACCGUCGUUUUCAACAUUCUGACCCUUCGGCAUCUUCCGAGAAUCUGAGAAGACACUGAAAGGUAUUCAGUGGCGUCUCUGAGAACUGGUCAGACAUUUUGCUUGCGCGUAAGAUUCCCAUGGAGAAGGCAGCAGUUUCUGCUAGUUCCAAGGCCAGGGAGCCUUCUCCUCCUUUCAAGCUUCUCCUCUCCUGCCCCGCUGGUCUUUCACCAUCACAGGUAUCUGUGGUUUUUGAUGAAGCGUAUGAUCGGAGUCGCCACCCGGACACCUACUUAGAAAAUUCCAUUGCUGAGAUAUGGGAUCAAAGGGUUCAGAUAAACAAGUCAUUGUACAACGGCACAAAGUUCCGGUAUGGAGGAAACGUCUUGCUUCAUGGAGAUGGACCUAACCAAGUUUCUCGUGUCUGCCUCCACCUAGGUUUGACAGAUUACAGGACUUUUAUGGGGACAAACUUAAAUCCUUUGUGGGAAAAGUUCUUGGUUCCGUCAGAAGAUGACAGUAUUUGUUGUCAACACACUUCAAGUCCACUGGGUAACGGUGCAAUAGUGGAGACAUCCGACAAUAAAAUAAUUGUGCUGCGAAGGAGUAUAAAUGUUGGGGAAUUUCCUGGACACUUCGUUUUCCCAGGAGGUCAUCCAGAGCCCCAAGAAAUUGGAAUAACAUCCCAUCAGUAUGCCAAGGACUCGACAGAGUCUGAGCUUAUUAACCAAAAAGUUUCUCAAGAGAUGUUUGAUAGCAUUAUUCGUGAAGUAGUUGAAGAAAUUGGAGUACCUGUGGCAUCCCUUCACAAUCCACUUUUCAUUGGUAUAUCCCGCAGGGAGUUGAAUGUAAGGCCAGCUGCAUUUUUCUUCAUCAAAUGCAGUCUGGAGUCAAAGGAAAUUCAAAAACUGUAUUUGAGUGCACAAGAUGGUUAUGAGUCAACUCAGCUCUAUGCAGUUUCAGUGACUGAUUUGGGGACCAUGGCAUCAAAUAUGCCAGGCUGCCAUCAAGGUGGACUGGCUCUCUACAAGUUGAUGGUAGAAGCUCUGACAAUUACCUGAAAAAGGUUCGAGACUAUUGAUUAGAGCUGUCACUUUGUAGUUUUCCAGUAGCUUUAAUUCAGCUACAUUUUCGUGGGUUUGAUCUCCUUUUGAUAUGUUUUUAAACGAAAAAUACGCAUAACCAUCUUCCUCAAACAUCCCAGAUCAAAUGAUGGAGAAAGGCACCAGAUCAUCCAAAACACAAACUUUUAUCUACUGAGGGAUGGAGAGAGAGAGCAAAAAAGACCAUAUGUUCUGUCCUUUGAUAUACUUCAUAUGAAACCGCAUUAUCGUU